AUGCCCGGAAAUCCUCCUCCUCUUACUCGUCUCCUUUUACCGUGCUGGCAAGAUGUCAUGCUUCAUUUAGGCACGGAUUCUUUGAGAGAGUGUCAGAGAGAAAUUUUAAAUCGAGCCGGGUUUCCAACGGACGAGCGAGGUUUUUUACUGCUCCCCGGGGAAGUGUCUUCAUCGGGUGAAGAAGAAGAAGAAGAAGACAAAGAAGAGGUGGAGGAGAAGAGUUUGUUGUCUUCUUCCUCGGCGCCGAUCGACUUGACGCGAGAAGAGGAAGAGAAAGAAGAAGAAGAAGAAGAAGAAGAACCGCAACCGCUGGCGUGGCGGUUAUUGAAAAGAGCGGCGGAGAAGAGGUGCGAGGAAAAGCAAUCACAAAGAGAAGAAGAAGACCAACAGACUUUGGAGGCGGAACCAACACCUUUGGAGGAGAGUUCUUUUCUGCGAAACGAUUUCGACGACGAGGAAGACGACGACGACGCGCAAAGAGGGCGAGGAGGAGGAAAAGGAGGAGGAUUAGGAGCGCCUCUCUCGUCGCCUCCGGAAUACUCCACGAAAACCGACCAAGAGCUCGCGAAAGAGUUGGCGAAGUUUGGUAUGAAACGACUCGGUUCACGAACGGCUAUGAUUGAUUGUUUGAUGAACAUUUGGACGGAGAAGAUGGUGGAGAGAGGCGACGGGGCGGCGUAUUCGCAGCGGUUGGAGGAGGAGUUGUUGAGUUUAAGUCAACGGGAUCAGAACGCGUGCAACAACAACAACGCAACGAACGCCGUCGGCGUCGGGAUGGCGACAAAGAAACGGAAGAACGCAACGACGAGUACUUUAAGAGGAGGAGGAGAAAGAACACCGAGAACGGACGAAGAAGAAGAAGAAGAAAAAGAAAAAGAAGAUGAGACGGACGAGCGAGCGCUCGACGCCAAACUCACCGCCUUUCUCAGAUCCUCUCGCGACGUGUACGCUUCCAUCUUGCGCAUGGAGCCGCUCGACUUGGACGAGGUCAAGACCCUUUGCCAGAACGGUUUGCGGAUGAAAUGCAUAUCGAAGGUGAAAUUGGCGAAGUAUUUCGAGAGUAAAGGCGUGGCUGUUCGACACAAGAGUAACCACGCGGCGAAACUCAGGAAGAGGAAGAAGAAGAAUACUUUGAGUAGUACUAUUAGUCCUAUUAGAGAGGAGCUUCAUUAA